AACAGUGGAAAAAAAAAAAAAAGAGAGCAAAACAAGAUGGCAGCAGUCUCGGAUCACGGGCUUAAGCGAAUAGUUUGGAAAAGAAUAAAAGACACAAUAAUUGCAGACUGCAAAAAAUCUGAAGUAUGGAAGAUUCUGAUUUUAGACCCAUUCACCACCAAGCUUCUCUCGUCCUGCUGCAAAAUGUCAGACCUGAUGGAGGAGAGGAUAACAAUUGUGGAGGAUCUGUUCAGAAGCAGGGAGCCUGUCACUGAAAUGAAGGCCAUCUACUUCAUGACACCAAUCUCCAAGUGUGUGGAAGCCUUUAUAGCUGACUUCAAGUCCAAACCCAAAUACAAAUCAGCUUAUGUUUAUUUUACAGACUACUGUCCAGAUGACCUCUUCAACAAGAUGAAGGGUUCCUGUGCAAAGCACAUACGGGUCUGCAAGGAAAUAAACAUUUCCUUCUUACCACAAGAAGCACAGGUGUUCACAUGUGACGAUCCGGGGGCUUUCCGGAGAAUCUACAGUCCUCACAGUCAGGACAAAAGCAAGACAUUGGAGACUCUGGCAGACCAGCUCGUCACCCUGUGUGCCACGCUGAACGAGUAUCCGGGGAUCAGAUACAAGAAAGACAACAACAUGAUGAACGCCAAAACGCUAGCAGAGCUGGUGGACAACAAGCUGACCAGACACUACGAGUUGGACGACAGUGGGAAGAAAAAGGAGAAGACACAGGCCCAGCUGCUGAUAGUAGAAAGAGGUUUUGACCCUGUAAGCCCCAUCCUCCAUGAGCUCACCUACCAGGCCAUGGCCUACGACCUCAUUGAUAUCCAGAAUGACACCUACAGGUACAAGGCCAAAGACGGCUUGGAGAAGCAAGCCCUGCUGAACGAGGACGACAUGCUGUGGGUGAGGCUACGGCACAAUCACAUCGCCGAGGUUUCGGAACAGAUCCCUAAGAUGGUGAAGGAAAUAUCUGCCAAUAAGAAACAGCCUGAUGGGAAGAUCACAAUAAGCAACUUGGCACAAAUGAUGAAGAAGAUGCCCUCAUUCCGUAAGCAGCUCACCGAGAAAACGAUUCACCUGCAGUUGGCUGAGGACUGCAUGAAACAUUUCUCAAACAAUGUGGAGAAACUCUGCAAAGCUGAGCAGGACCUCGCUGUCGGUUCUGACGUGGAAGGGACAAAGGUGAAAGACCCAAUGAGGACUCUGCUGCCGGUGCUGCUCAACCCGUUCAGCAAACAUGACAAGAUUAGAGCCGUGCUGCUCUACAUCUUCAGCCUGAGCGGAACGACAGAUGAAAACCUGAACAAAUUUAUCCAGCACGUUAAAAUCGAGGACGAACGAGAGUUUAUCCUGAACUGGAAAGAACUGGGCGUCCCCAUCAUCACAUCGCCCAGUUUCUUCCCCCGCAAACCAACCCGAAGAGAUCGAUCCCAAGAUGAGACGUACAACCUUUCCAGAUGGACUCCAGUCAUCAAAGACGUGAUGGAGGAUGCUAUGGAGAACAAACUGGACUCCAGAGAUUGGCCGCACCAAUCAGAGUGUCCCGCUGCCUGGAAUGGCUCUGGCGCCGUCAGCGCCCGCCAGAGGAACAAAAGCAGCACCCAGGAUGAUCGCCGUACUGGUUCACGCCUCAUCAUCUUUGUUAUUGGGGGCAUCACCUACUCUGAGAUGCGCUGCGCUUACGAGGUCAACCAGGCGGUGAAAUCCUGUGAGGUCAUCGUGGGCUCUUCUCAUAUCUUGACCCCCAUCAGUUUGUUGGAAGACAUUAAAGCCCUGAGCAAAGGUCCAAUGGAAACCUUUACAAUAGAGGAAAAGAGCAACGCCUGAGAAAUCCCCCAUGUUACUUCAUCUCAUAUCACUCAGCCCUGCACUCACCUCAACGUCCUGAUUGGAAAACUGAAGGGAAUUCACCUGUAGCUUAUUUUUGUCUUUUAUUUUACUUUAUGCACAUUCAUAGUGACGGUAUUGACAAAUUAUCCUUAAAUCUUUAAUUUUGCCUGGCAGAAUUUCUUUGUUUUUUGGUCAGAAUACAGUCUGUUUAUAAUGUAUGUAGCUUUGUACUGUUAAAUCGAAUUGAUUAAUUUUAAAAUUAACUAACCUCAAUUGACUAAAAGCAAGUUUAUGUUAAAAAAAGUAUCCGUAAUGCAUUAUUCUGCUAACUUUUGACUUUAAAGAAAGAUGCUGAUAAUGUUACAAGUUGAACAGCCAAUGACAGCUGUGGGGAAAUAAAAGCACAAAGUUGUUGUAUAUACUGUAUGUAUGCACUGAGCGUCUGCUUUGUUGUGUUGCCUUUUCUGAUCACUGCUGUUUAUAAACACCUAAUAUAUUCUGAGUGUUUUUAAAUAAUUACACCUUUCUUGCAUUGAACAACUGACUAAUAAAUGAAUGAAGUGGUUCAACUUUGACAGCC